AACAGGGUGGCUGGAGUGUGCUUAGCUAAAGACAUCAAUUGAUUCUGUGAUCGUUAAGGAAAUGCUGGUGUAAGCUCUUCAGGAGACAAUGGAGAAGAAAUGGACAUACUGUGCUGUCUACUCCAUCAUCCAGAUACAGUUUGUCAGGGGAGUAUGGGAAAAGGGACUUAAUGCAGGAGAAGAUGUUUAUGCUGUUCCUGGCUCUGAUGUCAACAUGACUUGCCAAAUACAGCUGAAAGGCUUGUUGGUACAGACACAGUGGUCAAAGGUCAGCGAUCAGAUGGACCUCAUUGCCCUUCAUCAUCCCCAAUAUGGCAUCCACUAUCCCCACAAGCAUUCCUGCAAGUCAGUAGUGGAUUUCAGACAAAUUCCGGAGAACAUAACGAUAUGGACUCUGCUCUUAAGAAAUGUAUCUUCCUCACUCAGUGGAAAGUAUGAGUGUAGCUUUACUCUCUUUCCAGAAGGCAUUUGGACUAAAACCUAUAACCUUCUCAUUCAGGCACCUGUUACACAGAAUGAAUGGAGCAGCAAUCACACAAUAGAAAUAGAGAUAAAUCAGACUCUGGAAAUACCAUGCUUUCAAAAUAACUCCUCGGAAAUUUCGCCUGAGUUCACCUUUACCUGGUUGGUGGAAGGUAAUGGAGCUCAGGAAACUCUCAUCCAAGAUCACCACAUCAGCAGUUCCACGUCUUUUAAAGACAGAGUGAAGCUCUGUGCUGACCACAGACUCUGCCUCUCCCCGGUCCAAAUCCAUGACGAUGGUCAGAAGUUCUCUUGCCAAGUUCGACUCAGGCCUGGCAAAAUCUUGAGGAGUUCCACCACAGUCAAGGUUUUUGCUAAACCAGAAAUCCCCAUGAUUGUGGAAAACAGCACCAUGAAUGUCCUGGGAGAGAAAACAUUUACCUGCUCACUAAAGAAUGUGUUUCCCAAAGCAAGCCUCACAUGGUUUAUAGAUGGAAGGUUUCUUCAAGGUGAAGAAGAAGGAAUAAACAUUACCAAUGAAGAGAGAAAAGGCAAAAAUGGAUUUCUGGAACUCAAGUCUAUUUUAACAAGGAUGCAUGGUAGUGAACCAACCCAAUCAAGUAACCUGACCAUUUGGUGUAUGGCUCUGUCUCCAGUCCCUGGAAAUAAAAUGUGGAAUACUUCAUCAGAAAAGAUCACUUUUUCCUUAGGUUCUGUGAAUGCCCCAACCACGGAGCCUCCACCCAGUGUCACAGACUCUCCCCUGAGCACCCCGCCAUCUCCAGCCAACAGUGUAUCUCCUACCAGAUAUCCAGCUACAUUUUCAGUGAUCCUCGUGGAUGGGAGUACAUUGACACCACGUGCCACCCCUCAAACCAGAAAUUCCAGUGUGACUACCCAAGGCUUCAACUCCUCCUCAACCUCCAGCGGGAUAGACGCCAAAAAAUCGGUUUCAUGGAUACCCAGUGAAACAUACAGUUCAUCCCCCUCAGGGGCAGGCUCAACUCUUCAUGAUGAUGUCUUCACCAGCACCAGCACAACUGGAGAAUUUUCAGAAGCCCCCACAUCAGCCAAUGGAUCUACUAACAAUAGUCACAUCCAUAUCACCAGCAUUGUAGUUAAUAAGCCCACUGGUGGAAUGUCCUGGCCCGUGAUUAUAGCAGCUCUGCUCUUUUUCUGCAUGGCACUGUUUGGUCUUGGAGUGAGAAAAUGGUGUCAAUACCAAAAAGAAAUCAUGGAAAGACCCCCGCCUUUCAAGCCACCACCACCUCCCAUCAAGUACACAUGCAUUCAAGAGCCCAUUGGAAGUGACCUGCCUUGUCAUGAGAUGGAGACACUCUAAUCCUUUGAGACUUUGCCAUACAGCAGAACUCUGCUGGGAUCCUAUUGAAAAGGUAGAUACUCUUCUCCAUUAAUAUAAUCACCCUCCAGCCAAAACUCUGCUGCAGCUGAAAUGGAUGUUAGAAGCAAAUAUUCUGUUUUCCCAGCAACUUGCCCUGGGCGUAUGCCUGAAAUUUAGACAAGAGUGAAAGGAUAAGGCCACAUUCACACCCAGUGCAAGUUGUAGGGAUUUUCUUGCUUAUGUAAGAGAUAUGCAUCAGGCUACUGUCAUUAAAAAGUAAGUACAGUAUUUUCAUUUUUAAUUUUAACUCUGAGAGGCCAACAGUGAUUUCAAGCAUAUACCCAUAGCAGAUUCUCUUCUUCUGGAAAUCUUCCAACAUCCCAAACUCUCUGCCAAAAGCAUGAUGAUCUCUGACUUUUGUUGCAUUCCCUAAGAAAAUUUCAAGAAGAAAAUAUGAAAGUUCCUGCACUCCAAAGGAUGAAGAGGUGCAGUUAUUCUUCAGACUGAAAUUCCAUUGUUUAUUUUCACUGAAGGAAAACAAAAUAGCCUGCUCAAGAAUCUGUCUCACCCUUCUUCUCAUCAUGUUUUGCCCAGGCUCCUGCCACAUGGAUCAGGAUAGGGCAGAGAGGUUGGAGAGAGAGGGAAGGGGCAUGGGAUUAUAAAUGAUGGUGAUGGUCAUUAUUAU